AGUCACUAUUCAUUACUGUUAAAACUAUGCUAUAGAAAUUUCUGCGAAAAUGAAACAUUGUAAUUUAGUAAAUAUUUCGUAUAUUAUAGUUGGUUCCUUAGUUUUUGUGUCGGCUGUUGAAUUUAAUAGGACUGCUGAGGGGCACCACCAAGGAUUACUUGCAGAAUGUCCAGGGUCCGAGAAACCUGUUUCUAUCAGCAGAAGAAACCUCGAACGCCUAAGAAUAGCAGUAAUAGGCCCUGGCAUAUGGCCUUUUAACUGGUAUACAGCGUACAACUACUAUCAUGUCAGAAACAUUAUCAAAAAUCCUGAAAUCGACUUCAAGAAUAAGAAGACGUUUAUGUACGUCGGUGGAUAUGGGGAGUAUAUGAUGACGAGCCUUGGAAGAAUAUUAGGGAGCAUGUACAAAGAAAUGGGGUAUAAUGGCCUUGUGCUGGAUACUUUUGAGUUUACUGAGAGAUACUAUCCUGAAGCAACAAGGGUUAUGCGAGGGGUAGGAAAACACACAGGCGAAAUGUUAGCCCAGCUGACAAAACAGGGUCUAAACCCGAAGAACUUGACGCUUCUCGGGCUCAGUCUAGGUGGAGAGACCAUAAGUUUUAUAGCAAAGAGCUACCAGCAGAUCACAGGACAAAACAUCUCCUUCCUUAUAGCUUUAGACCCCGCUGGACCUUGCUACAGAAAACUGGGCUCUAAAUACAGACUUGACCCUUCUGAUGCCGAUUUUGUUCUAAGCAUCACUACAAAUAUGGACGGUUUUGGCAUGAAUAUUCCUGUUGGAACUGCGACGUUCUAUGUCAACGGAGGGGAGUAUCAACCUGGGCAUUUCCCUUUGAUACCAUGCGGAGUUCCUUGCAGCCACUUGUGGUCUUUAAUCCUUUGGUUAUCAGCUUUAUACAAUCCAGGAAUUUUCGUUGGCAUAAAGUGUGAUUCUGUAGAUCAGGCUAGAAAUGGCAUGUGCUAUAACAAUACGCCGAUGAUAACAAACACUAUGGAUAUGGGCAUAGAUAAGACUAAACCGGGCAUUUAUUAUUUGCCCACGACGAGUGGAUUGCCGUAUGGUGUGGGGAUGAAAGGUUUGAAAAAGUGGAUGAAAGAUAAGGCUCGUUUAGAAGAGCUUAGGUCAGCAUUUCGUAAACCUUGAUAAGUAAUUCAUAAAUUGUGGGUCUCAAUCGGCCAGUUAAGUAAACUAAUGUGACGAGUAUAAUCUUAUAACGCGUUGCGAGUGGUGUAUAGCAACGCCUUCAGAGUGCUGGUUGGGCUGCCCAGGUUCUGCAGCGCUUCCGCCAUGUUUGCGGAGGCUCGAACUGACGGUUUUGCAGCAAUUAUACGCAAGAAACCGCCUCAUUACUGCGUAGAACCAGGGACAGCCCAAACAGAAUUUUGGGAUGAUUGCUGCCCCCUGUAUGUUGCCCUAUAAUUUAUAAUUUAAAUUUAGUUAAGUCUAACAUAACUUUCAAGUUUUAACUACUAACAAAAAAUGAGAUCAUUGGUUAUCUUAAUGUAAUAAAUAAAUAUUAAUAAAAAAAAUAAAACAAUAUGGAAGAUGAUUUUUAUGGGAUAAUUAUUUAUUGCGUGAACCGAUAACCAUUUUUCCAGCAGGUUAUUUUAUUGUUAUUCUGUAAAAAUACAGGUACAAUAAACGGUUCUCUUAUUUAUCGCAGAAAAUUGUAUGGCCGAAUAUCACUUCCCAACUCACGUCUCGCCAAAGUUUAUUCCGCCGAAUGUUCAUUUCCCAAAUUAUAUUUUUUUUUAUUUGCCAAGCUCACAUUUGCCAUUUUAACGUUUGGCCUUUUUUUUUAAAGGCCUAUUUUUAAAAACCAAACUUUCAUAUUGUCGAAUGUUUUACUUGGCGUUAUAUACAACUAGUUGUUUAUUGUAUAGGUAUCAAAUGUUUCAUUGAACACCAACAAUAUGUAUGGCGUAUAUUUCGAAAAAUAUGCAAUACUGAGUCUUCUAUGAAGUUCUUAAUUUAUUGAC